AUGUCCAAGAGCAAAUUAACUGUGAUGGCUGAUGAGGACUUAACAUGUACGGCAACGGCCGCCGUGGCGUUCCGAAAUGUAGGCAUUCCCGCCACCAAACCACUCGAGGAGAAAUGUGGAAGCUGGGGCGCAACCACUGAAAAAGAGGCUGUACUUGGUGAUGGCGGGUUGAUAGGAUACAAGAGGUCCUUCACCUUCACCUUCACAUUCUUAGAUGAACUCCCACCGUUAUUCUCGACAUUGCAAUGGUCCAUGACCGAGUAUAGUAUCAAUCCUGCUGCUGGUCACGACGAUUAUGUGCUGUGUAAAAUAGUUAGGACGAAUGGCUACCUUGUAGAGAUCUCUAGUGACAGUGACGAUGACUAUGACAGUGGAGUCAGAACCACUACCAAGCCAAGAACGUCCAGUAUUUCGGCAGGGUUUCAGAGCUGGGCUCCCCCCCUCUUCCUAAUGCUGAUCAACGCCACACGUGUUUCUAUACUUAUUGUUUGGUCCAAAACGAGGUAG